GUUUAAUUUUUGUUUUGUUUUUUAGUGUAGUGCGAAUGUUGAAUUAUUCUUCCCAUUGCAAUUCUUUUUCCGUUUAAAACAAAUAAUCAAAUCAAAUCAAUAUUGGCAGCUACUUAAAUGUUUGAUUACGUUCAUGUUACUUAAAUCCGAAAUAAAGUUAUGAAAUUAAUUUGUAGAUAAAUCGAUGAUAAAAUCUACUGACUAUAAAUAAAAUGUUAGGUAAAGUGACAACCAUAACGAAUCUACUGUCAACGUCGACCUCUUCUUCCCCCUUCACCCUUCUUCCGAAUCCGAAUCAUCCUUGUCAUAUCGUUAGAGUUAUUGCAAUUUUAUAAAUUAUUAAAUUAUUUUAGUUUAUUUUUUGUUACUUUAUAGUUAUUUUUAACAAAAACGACUCGAUAGACAAAACAAGCAAGUGGCCGAGUUACACGGUUAACUAUAGACCUCAGGCUUCGGCCUGCGGUCACAAAAACACGACCACCCUUGAAAAACACGCGUAAAGCUUCUAAAUUCUUCAACAUACUUUAUCAAUAUCUCACAAAUAUUUCAUAAUAUAUCUUAAUUUUUCCGUAACCAUGUCUCAGUGGAACAAUUCAUACGCUUACGAUAACCAGUACCAAUCCUGGAAUGGUGAUCCCAAUUGUCAAUAUGCUAACCAGACCUAUUAUCCUAACAGAGCAGAGCCAGCUAAUCAAUAUGUGAGCUUUAAUGAGUUUUUAUCUCAAAUGCAAAACAAUGGUGCGCCGAAUUCUGCUAACUAUAGUAAUGUACAAUACGAAGCUUAUCAAAAUAGGCAUUACAACUACCAGAACUUACCACCCAACGCUCAAAACCCUCAAUUAGACAGUUAUGGAUAUGCAGCCUCAUCAAAUGCCCCCAAUGGUGCUGAAGCAUACCAAAUGAAUGUCCAAAGUCAGUACGCUCCAGUGGCUCCCAAUACCAAUGCUUACACAAAUGCAAUGAUACUCAAAUCCAACUUAACUCCUACUGCCACUGAGUUUGUGCCAAAAUGUUCUAUGAUGAAUCCUUCAACUAGCACUCAGAACAUUCCUGAGACCAGUACUGUGAAUGAGGAUAGUGAAUUUAGAAAUAAUUAUGUUAAUGUAAAUGACUCAAGAAAUCACCAUUCAAAUGUAAGUGAUUCACGAAAUAACUAUGUCAACACCAGUGAAUCUCGUACCAAUGCUAGCAGUAAAUCUGAUACAAACUGGAGAGAACGUCCUCAAAGUUCCCAGCAAAGCAAUGAACAGAACCCAAGAACAGAAUCAUUUCAGCGUCCACAAGAGGUAACGAGAAGCCAUGAGCCUAAUAGUCGUCGUAAUCGCGAUAAUAACUAUCGCGAUUAUGAAUCAAAAUCUAGACACGAAUUAACCGGUCGUAAUUAUGAAUCGAAUGGGCGCCACGACUAUAACAACCGAAAUUAUGACUCAAAUGGGCGCCAUGAGUCUAACAGUCGCAGCUAUGAAUCUAAUAGUCGAUACGAAUCUAGCAACCAUAGUCAAGAAUCAGAUGUUCGUCAAAAUGAACCCAGUGGUCGCAGCCGUGAACCAAACGACUCAAAUAGUCGCAACUACGAAUCAAAUAACCGCAGCUAUGAAACAAGCAACAAAAGAGGUCAAUCAAAGCAAAAUUAUAAGUCGAAAAACAAUGAUGAUGCUCGUACUUUUUACAACAGUUCCAUAAGUAAGGAUAGCCAGGAUGUGAGAAAUGGGAGGGGUGAAGGGUCUGGCCGCGGAAAGAACUGGAUAGGAAGCCAGCGUGUCAGGGCGACAGAACGGAACUGCACAGAAGAUGAGCAAUAUGCAAACACCUACUUAAAGGAGGAAAGAAUGGAAAGCAGAGAAAGAGAGAGAGAAAAAGUGACUAGAGUGGAACCCAUUCAAAGCCCAGCUCGCUCAAAAAGUAAACAUCAGAAUAAUGAUCAAGCAAAUAAAGAGAUGACUCAACGGGAGCGCCUUGCAGAGCAGUUAGAUAAAGGAACGCUGGAGUGUCUGGUGUGCUGCGACAGAGUCAAGCAGUUUGAUCAAGUGUGGUCCUGCACCAACUGCUACCAUGUACUGCAUCUCAGGUGCAUUAGAAAAUGGGCCAUGAGUAGUAUGGUCGAGGGCAAGUGGCGCUGCCCGGCCUGUCAGAACACGAGCGAGCUGAUCCCGGGCGAGUACCGCUGCAUGUGCGGCGCCGUGCGCGCGCCCGAGUACGUGCGCGGCGCGGCGGGCGCGCACACGUGCGGCCGCGCCUGCCGCCGCGCGCGCGCCUGCCCGCACCCCUGCACGCUGCUGUGCCAUCCCGGGCCCUGCCCGCCCUGCCAGGCCACCGUCGUCAAACAAUGCGGCUGCGGUGCGGAGACCCGCUCGGUGUUAUGCAGCAGCAAGCUGCCGCAAGUUUGCGGCCGAGUGUGUGGCCGCACGCUGCAGUGCGGUGUGCACAAGUGCAAGAGCGACUGCCACGAGGGACCCUGUGAUGAAUGCACCGAGGUUGUCACACAAGUGUGCUACUGCCCGGCGGCCAAGUCCCGCUCGGUGGUGUGCACGGCGGAGUCGGGGUCGUGCGGCAGCUGGUCGUGCGGCGACACGUGCGGCCGCGUGCUGGCGUGCGGCGCGCACGUCUGCCGCGCGCCCUGCCACGCGCCGCCCUGCCGGCCCUGCGCGCUGCUGCCGCAACACGUGCCCACCUGCCCCUGCGGGAACACGCAACUUCCAAAAGACUCGCGCAAGUCUUGUACCGACCCGAUCCCACUGUGCGGUAACAUUUGUGCCAAACCGCUGCAGUGCGGGCCCGCUGGAGACAAGCACUUCUGCAAACUUAAUUGUCAUGAAGGUCCAUGCCCCGAAUGUCCCGAUAAAACUGUGCUCCAAUGUCGCUGCGGUCACUCUAGUCGUGAGGUACCGUGCGCCGAACUGCCCGAAAUGUACAACAAUGUGCUGUGCCAGAAGAAGUGUAAUAAGAAGUUAUCAUGCGGUCGCCACCGCUGCCGCACAGUAUGCUGCGCGGCGACCUCGCACCGCUGCGCCGUGGUGUGCGGCCGCACGCUGUCCUGCCAGACGCACCGCUGCGAGGAGUUCUGCCACACCGGACACUGCGCGCCCUGCCCGCGCGUCAGCUUCGAGGAGCUGUCGUGCUCGUGCGGCGCGCAGACGCUGCUGCCGCCGGUGCGCUGCGGCGCGCGCCCGCCCGCCUGCAGCGCGCCGUGCGGCCGCGCGCGCGCCUGCCGCCACCCGCCGCACCACUCCUGCCACGCGGGGGACUGCCCGCCCUGCGUCGUGCUCACCACCAAGCGCUGCCACGGGAACCACGAGGAACGAAAAACGAUACCGUGUUCCCAAGAAGAGUUCUCUUGUGGUUUGCCUUGCGGGAAGCCACUGCCGUGUGGCAAGCACACCUGCAUCAAGACGUGUCAUAAGGGUCCUUGUGAUACUGGCAAAUGCACCCAGCCGUGCAUGGUCCCGCGCCCCAGCUGCGGGCACCCGUGCGCGGCGGCGUGCCACGCGGGCGCGGCGGGCGCGGGCGCGGCCUGCCCCAGCGCCGCGCCCUGCCGCCGCGCCGUGCGGGCCACCUGCCCCUGCGCGCGCCGCCACGCGCAGCGGCCCUGCUGCGACAACGCACGCGACUAUGCCAAGAUGAUGAGUGCCCUCGCAGCUACUAAGAUGUCCGAAGGUGGUUCAGUAGAUCUCUCAGACGUACAGCGUCCAGGAAAUAUGCUUAAAACCCUGGAGUGCGACGACGAGUGUCGCGUGGAGGCCCGCACGCGGCAGCUGGCGCUGGCGCUGCAGAUCCGCAACCCCGACGUGUCGGCCAAGCUGGCGCCGCGCUACAGCGAGCACGUGCGGGCCACGGCCACGCGCGAGCCCGCCUUCGCGCAGCAGAUACACGACAAGCUCACCGAGCUCGUGCAGCUCGCUAAGAAGUCAAAACAGAAGACGCGCGCUCAUUCAUUCCCAUCGAUGAACUGGCAGAAGCGUCAGUUUAUUCACGAGCUGUGUGAACACUUCGGCUGCGAGAGCGUCGCUUACGAUGCUGAGCCCAACAGGAACGUUGUGGCUACUGCUGACAAGGAAAAGUCGUGGCUGCCGGCCAUGAGCGUGCUGGAGGUGCUGGCGCGCGAGGCGGGCAAGCGCCGCGUGCCCGGGCCCGUGCUGCGCGCGCCGCCCGCGCCCGCCGCCGAGCGCGCGCCCAAGGCCGCCAGCGCCGCGCCCGCGCACAAACAAGCAAGUGGCUGGGCAACAUUGACAUCAACAAACGCGUGGGCGGCCCGCAGUCAACCGAAGCCGCAACCAGCUCAGCCAGCGGCGCAACCGCAACCGCAACCGCAACCAGAGAAGAUCGACUACUUCGACAACCCGCCCGAGAACUAGGCGCCUAGCUCAAAUUAUACAGUAAGUGUACACUCAGUGCAUAUUUUAUUUACUCUGUACCAAAACGCGUGGCACUAAAUUGAUGGAAAAAAUAAUAGAAAUAAAAUCAAUAUUUCUUUAUUAAACACUUUACUUACAUAAUUACCAGUGAUCCAUUGAUGUUUUUGUGGACUUGUUUGUACCACAUGUAAAACGUGUUGUCAAGGUUCAAAGUGGACCUACAUUGGCAAGAUUUAUACUUUAGCCAUGGGUACUUAUAACCUUUAUUUAUUGACUAAAUUAUGAUCACACAACUACUUAAAAUAUGUUGAUCUAUUUAUUAAAAAUAUCCAGGUGAUUAAAUAAUAUUAUGAGAUUUUAAAUUAUUAUUUUUGAUGCACUGAGUGUUUGACAAGAGACAAUAGUGUCAAUUUUAUAAGUGUUUACCAUUCUUAUUGUAACGUAUUGUACACUAAAUCGAAAUAUCAUAUAGUUAUGUAUAGACUUUUCUAAUGGGGCAUAUGUAUUCGGCGUAUUGUAUUGUUAAUCGCACGGCAGAAGUAAGUCUGUUUUUCGCAUAAUUGUAUUUAAAAAAAUAAAUGCAUAAUAUCAAAAUUAUGUGUUCCUGUACACGAUAGUCCUUUAUGACAAUUUGCGGCUGGACCAUGGCUGUUAGGGAUUAAUCUAGAACAUAACAACUUAGGAACUAAUUAUUGAACAGGCACCAAGGGAACAUUGCAACGUAUUCUUUUGUCAAUGGGGUUCAGCAUGACUUGCAUCACUUUUUAAAAAACAAGUUAUAAUGCGACUGUGUAAUUUUUUUACUCUUUAAUUCCCUAUAGGCUUUGUCAAUAACGGAUUAUCACGUACAGAACCAAAAAAAACUAGCACAAAUGUAAAGCACUUAAUUUAAAGUCAGCCCCUUAGCCCAUAUCGAUUUAUAGACGCUUAGUGUAAUAUUUCUGUGAAAAAACAUGCCUUUACCCGCAUACCAUAGUGAAGCACGCCUUACAAUCUACCGUCACACAGUACAUAGCAAAAUAUUUACAUGUUAGUAAAUUAUAAUCAUACAUAUAUGUUAUACAGAACUGCCUUUACCCGGCUAUGGCGACCAGUUUUUCAGCCUAAGUGGUAUAUUAGAGAAGGGAUACAUUUAAUAUUAUAUGUCCGGAACAUACAAUAUAUUUUGAGUCAAUUUUCAUAUGACUGUCUGACCUUGUUGUCACUUGAUUUCUUAAAAUAAAUAUUGAGAAUGAUAUUAUACUCCCGCUGUUUGAACCAUAGUCGGGUAAUUGUUUUUAUAAUUGCCUGUUUUAUCACGUUAUUAACAAUAAGUAAUACCGCAAUUUUAUUUUGUUUGGUAUGUAUUUAUUGGUCAUACUGUGAGACAUAAAAAAUAAUUAUUCAUUACCAGUUAAAGUAUUUAUAGAACAAUAGCUUACAGAUUGUUCGAACAUGUUUAAAAGAUUUGUUUGUUACAUUUGAAGUGAUUUUAUGGUUAACAGUAAGAUGUAGCCUUCUUUAUAAAAAUAACAUUCUGUUAUGUGCCUGGAAUUAAAGUCUUACACUGUUGAUUAUUACUAUUACCCUUAAGUAUUGCCAGUAAAAAAAAGUUGAAUUUUAUAAAGAAGGCUGAACAUGUUAGCACCUGUGUUAAAUUUUGUGCAACCUAAUCAAGUAAAAAAUAGGAAAAUCACCUUCUUUUUAAUUUCCCAUUCAAGUGUUUAAUUUGACUUCUUCUUGGCCUAGUCGGUAAAAUAUAUUUAAAUUAUUUUAAAAUGCGUCAACAUAACGCUCAAAAUUUUCUAUUGAUUCCUUAAUGUUAUUUGGAACCGGCUUCUUUUAAAACGAAUUUAAAGGUGAAGGGGAUGCGUUCUUAUGAAACAUUUUCGAUGUAAAACUUCUAUGUAGAAAUCUAUAAAAAUAAUGUAACUAACUUAAAUUCGCUGUUGUACAGGCGACAUGUGUAAUAAAGUGUUACAUAUUUGUUA